AACAAGUUUCAAGAUUGUUAAGUUUGUCAGAAAAUGAGUAAAAGGAUAUUGUAUUUUACCAACGUUUUAUUACAGAAGAUAUCAUACUAUAGGAUAGUCUGACAAAAGAAUCAUUAAUAUUGAUGAUGACCAAUUGCUAUAAGUUUUGAGUGACAAAUCUGGGUCAUUCAUUCAUUCAUUCCUUGUGGUAAAAUGGGGAAAGAAGAGAUUGAAGAAGAUAGCAGCAGUAAAGUGGGGUUGUUGAAGAGAUGCACUACUGCAGGAAGUGGAGGGUCUACAAGGUGGGUAGAUGGUAGUGAAGUGGACUCAGAAUCACCACCAUGGUCACUUUUUGGUGAUGAGGAAAUUAUUAAACAAGGUUAUGGAUCUGUAAGAAGAAGACUCCUCAAAAAGCCUAAAAGAGUUGACUCUUUUGAUGUUGAAGCCAUGGAGAUCUCUGUUGGCCAUGGAACCCACCAUAAAAAGGAGGCUUCUCUUUUGAGUACACUUGCUCUAGCAUUUCAAACACUUGGUGUGGUAUAUGGUGACAUGGGCACAAGCCCUUUAUAUGUUUUCUCAGGCGUUUUCAGCAAGGUGCCCAUCACAUCAGAAGUUGAUGUCUUGGGGGCGCUGUCCAUUGUGUUAUACACAAUUGCCCUCAUUCCAUUAAUGAAAUAUGUAUUUAUAGUGCUCAAGGCCAAUGACAAUGGAGAAGGAGGAACAUUUGCACUGUAUUCAUUGAUCUGCAGGUAUGCAAAUGUCAACCUUCUUCCCAAUCGACAGCCAGCUGAUGAACAUAUCUCAAGUUUUAAGCUCAAGUUACCUACACCAGAACUGGAAAGGGCUUUAAAUAUAAAGGAGGUCUUGGAGUGUAAAUCUUCUCUGAAAACCCUUAUCUUGCUGUUGGUUCUGAUGGGAACAUCAAUGAUAAUAGGUGAUGGUAUCUUGACCCCAGCAAUAUCAGUUAUGUCUGCUGUAAGUGGGCUGCAAGGAAGGGUCCCGGGAUUUGGCACAAAUGCUCUUGUCAUCACUUCAAUUGUCAUCCUUGGCGCAUUGUUCAGUAUACAGAGAUAUGGGUCAAGCAAAGUGGGAUUUACAUUUGCUCCUGCCCUGGCUUUGUGGUUCUUCAGUCUAGGGUCUAUAGGAGUUUAUAAUCUUGUGAAGUAUGAUGUAACUGUCUUAAGGGCUUUAAAUCCAGCUUAUAUAUAUCUGUUCUUCAAGAAGAACUCAAUCAAUGGAUGGUCAGCUCUUGGUGGUUGUGUUUUAUGCAUCACAGGAGCGGAAGCAAUGUUUGCUGAUUUAGGUCAUUUCUCUGUGAAGUCUAUACAGAUUGCUUUCACAAGCGUAGUGUUCCCGUGCCUCUUUUUGGCCUACUUCGGCCAGGCUGCUUAUCUUAUCAAAUACCCAAAUUCAUCUGGGAGAAUAUUUUAUGAUUCUGUGCCAGAUGGUCUCUUUUGGCCAGUUUUUUGGAUAGCAACUGUAGCUGCUAUAAUUGCCAGCCAGGCCAUGAUAUCUGCUUCAUUUUCGUGUGUUAAGCAAGCCAUGGCUCUUGGAUGCUUCCCGAGAUUGAAGAUUAUUCACACUUCAAAGAGGCACAUGGGUCAAAUUUACAUUCCUGUCAUUAAUUGGUUUUUGAUGAUAAUGUGCAUGCUUGUGGUUGCUGCCUUCCAGAGCACAACAGACAUAGCCAAUGCCUAUGGCAUAGCUGAAGUUGGUGUCAUGAUGGUUAGCACAACUUUGGUUACCGUCGUAAUGCUUCUGAUAUGGCAAACAAAUUUGUUUCUGGCUCUCUUGUUUCCACUUAUAUUUGGAACAAUAGAGUUCAUUUAUAUGUCUGCUGUUCUAUCCAAGAUCUUGGAGGGUGGUUGGCUUCCGCUUGUUUUUGCCUCUUGGUUCCUCUGUGUGAUGUAUAUUUGGAACUACGGGAGUGUCUUGAAGUACCAGAGUGAGGUCAAGCAGAAGAUUUCAAUGGAUUUCAUGCAUGAGCUUGGCUCUUCUCUUGGGACAGUAAGGGUACCAGGGAUUGGUUUACUAUACAAUGAGCUAGUUCAAGGCAUUCCCUCUAUUUUCGCACAGUUCCUAUUGGAUCUUCCAGCCAUUCACUCUGUGAUAGUUUUUGUGUGCAUCAAGUAUGUGCCAGUGCCUGUUGUCCCUCAGGAAGAAAGGUUCUUGUUUCGAAGGCUUGGUCCGAAGGACUAUCAUAUGUUCCGUUGUGUAGCUAGAUAUGGCUAUAAAGAUGUCAGAAAAGAGGAUCAUCAUGCAUUUGAACAACUUUUGGUGGAUAGCCUUGAGAAGUUUCUAAGAAAGGAGGCCCUGGAUGUUGCUUUGGAAAGCAACCUGAAUCAACCAGACCUUGAUAGCAUUUCUGUGAUGUCAAGGGAUGAGUCUGAAAUACAAGAUGGUGAUGGUGAUGGGAUGGAUGAGCUUAAGAUUCCAUUAAUGCGUGAUCAAAGAUUGGAAACUGCAGGGGCAUCAACAUCAGAAACAUCUCUGGCGUUGCCAGCCAGUGUUAUGCCAGUUGAUGAAGAUCCUAGUCUGGAAUAUGAGCUCUCUGCUCUCCGAGAAGCCACAGAAUCUGGAUUUACAUACUUGCUUGGACAUGGGGAUGUGAGGGCGAAGAAAAACUCUUGGUUCAUCAAGAAAUUGAGCAUAAAUUACUUCUAUGCAUUCAUGAGGAAGAAUUGUAGAGGAGGUGCUGCAACAAUGCGCGUUCCUCACAUGAAUAUUAUCCAAGUAGGAAUGACAUACAUGGUUUGAUCUUGGUGCCAGAUAGCCGCUUGUAUAACUGCUGCAUUAGAAUUUCUUGAUGCCAAAACUAUCAAGUCAUAAAGGAAAGCACGUAGGAAACAUUAUGUUUCAAGAACAUAACAAACUCUUACAUGUUCAAGUGAUUUUCUUAUUAAUGAUUUGCUGCUCAUGGAUGUA